AUGUGUUAUACCUAUCGCAUCCUCGAAUCAAUGGACCCAAACAUCCAUUUAUCGAUGUUCUCUCCUGAACUGGAGAAGUGUACAUCCAGACCUGAGGUCCAGGUUCCGUCGGUCUACUGUCUUCGGCCCACUUCGUCUGAGACCACAGACAUUAUUGGAGACUCGGACGACGAUUCCUACCACGAGUAUUUCGAUGCUCUGACCGGCGAUGAGUAUGACUCGCCCAUAAAUAUAAUGGAAGAUGUUGAAGACCUUCCUCCCAAUGGAGACGAUUGGUCACAGGACGCUUGGCCCCAAGAUGACUGGGCCCAGAACGACAUUGACACCUACAACGAGGAAGACAACUCCCAGACCGAGGCGAACAACACUUCAGAAGAUAGCGGCCACCCGCUCGCUGGCUGGCAUUCCCAUCGCCUGGCAAACAGCGACUGGACUCACCACAGCUUUGUCGAUAAAACCGAUCACAUCGACAUGUGGGUGCGCCACUCGGAACGAACGUAUUCUCUGGCCAGAUGCAACUGGGUAGUAUUUCCCGAGGACGGCUGGUCAAAGCCUGAGUACUAUUCUGCUUGGGGUGCCCCGGAGGCGCCGGAGCUGAAGCUGGUCACACCGGAGGGGGAUGUUUGUUGGCUGGAUGAUUCCGUCGACUACGAGGCCUUGCCAUGGGAGAGAGAGGUUGCCGAGGAGCGGAACAGGAUGCUGGCUGCCAUUUGGUAA